GCGUUUGCACUUAGUAAAAUCAGUUUCAACUAAAACUUCUUCCAGUGAGCACGUUUUAUUUUGUUGUUUUUCUUUAUAAACAAACAUUAUGUCACUAAAAAUUGAGGCUGAAACUAAAAUCGAUUCAGAGCCAUGUGUAGCCGCUUGGGAUAACAAAUUUUUCGUUGGUUCUGAGGAUGGUUCUAUAAGGUCAUUUGAUGCAACUUUAGUACCGAGCGCGUCUUGGUCUGCCCAUGCAGUUCAGAUCUUUGCUUUGGCUGCUGGCAACGGGAAUGUGUUGUCUGCAUCCAAUGACGGAGGAGUGCGUGUAUGGUCGACAGAAGGGCAGAAGAUCGCCGACUUGCCUUCAGCAGGACCCGACGUAGGCGUUCUGCGGGUUUAUGGCAAAGCUAUAUAUGCUGGCGAUGAAGGCGGUAACGUAUUAGUAUAUGAAAAUAAUGUGGAGAAGGCAAGAUAUAACGUACUGGAAGAAAUAAAGGAUUUAGAUUUAAGUCCACCCUUUAUGUUUACUGUUCGAGAUCUUGAUGUCACAGUCACAGAAAUCAAACCCGAUGAAUCAAAAUCCCGUUUCGUAACUCGUCACACCAUGGAAGGCCGUGCGCCGUUGAGAGUGGCUGGCAAGCGGCUUCUGUGUAUGGCUCGGGGUGGGAACAACUUGCGACUUCACGAUGCUUCUGUGGACACCACCUUCAAAAUGCUGCAUGAAGUGAAGGUGAGCGACAUGAUAAUAACCAGCUUAUCAGUUUGUGGAGAUUACGCCUGGACGGGCGGUUGGGACGGAUGCGUCCGGCGAUGGAAGAUGGCCGAAGACCGCCUGGAACCAGCCGGGGAACUUAAUUUAGGCGCAUGCAUCAAUGCAUUGCAUAUUACUCCAGAUAGUGCAUACAUAGUGCUGAGUGGUGGAAGAAUAGUCAGCGUAAAAGUUGUGUAAUAUUAUUUAAAUGUAAAUACCAAAAUGCAUUUAUUUAUCUGUAACUUUUCUAGAAACCAAGUUUUAUUUGACAAAUAAAGAAUGUACUUAA